AUGGCUCCCGUCAUCAAGCUCAACAGCGGCUAUGACAUGCCCCAGGUGGGCUUCGGUCUCUGGAAGGUCGACAACGCCGUCGCCUCGGAUGUCGUCUACAACGCCAUCAAGGCCGGCUACCGUCUUUUCGACGGUGCUUGCGACUACGGUAACGAGGUUGAGUGCGGCCAGGGCGUUGCCCGCGCCAUCUCGGAAGGCAUCGUGAAGCGUGAGGACCUCUUCAUCGUGUCCAAGCUCUGGAACACCUUCCACGACGCCGAGCGCGUCGAGCCCAUCGUCAAGAAGCAGCUCGCCGACUGGGGUAUUGAAUACUUCGACCUCUACCUCAUUCACUUCCCCGUUGCCCUCGAGUGGGUUGACCCCGCGGUCCGCUACCCCCCCGGCUGGCACUACGAUGGCAAGGAGGAGAUCCGCCCCAGCAAGGCCACCAUCCAGGAGACCUGGACGGCCCUGGAGUCCCUCGUUAGCAAGGGCCUCUCGAAGAGCAUCGGUAUCUCCAACUUCCAGGCCCAGCUGAUCUACGACCUCCUCCGCUACGCCAAGAUCCGCCCGGCCACCCUCCAGGUCGAGCACCACCCCUACCUCGUCCAGCAGGAGCUGAUCAACCUCGCCAAGCGCGAGGGCAUCGCCGUUACUGCCUACAGCUCGUUCGGCCCCGCCAGCUUCAAGGAGUUCAACAUGAAGCACGCUGACGCGCUCGCUCCCCUCAUCGAGGAUGAGACCAUCAAGAAGAUUGCGGCCAAGCACAACCGCCCCGCCUCGCAGGUCCUGCUCCGCUGGGCCACCCAGCGUGGCCUCGCCAUCAUCCCCAAGAGCACCCGGCCCCAGAUCAUGGCCGAGAACUUCCAGAGCAUCGACUUCGAUCUCUCCGAGGAGGACAUUGCCACCAUCUCUGCCUUCGACCGCGGCAUCCGCUUCAACCAGCCCUCCAACUACUUCCCCACUGAGCUCCUCUGGAUCUUCGGUUAA